UGAAUGUUUACGAUAUGUUAUGGUCGCAAAUUAUACCACCAGACCAGAUUUCACUGCAUUAUUUCGUUGAUUGCUCAAGGUGAAUUCGGUUGUUGGUUUGGUAUAUCUCGCAUAAUUGAACGGAGAAAGUGAACUGUUGAAUAUUUGUCAUUCUAUCGCAGCGGAUCGUUGGUUGGUUUUCGCAUCUUGUUUAAUUUUGUCGCUUUAUCUCAUUGCAAUGUUGACGAAUAAUCUGGUGCUGCUGCUGUUAAAUAUUUAUUUAGUGACUUGUGCACCUGCGGCUCAACGAGAUGAUCGAUCUGCUCGAGGUUCAAGUGAUCAAAUUGCUCAAGGUUCAAACAUAAGCGGAUCUGUAGCUUUAUUCAAGCCAGUGAUUCAUCGGGAAGAUGCUCGUUUGGAAGAGGAGGGAAUACCGUCUAAGGUUUUGUCCGUUUACGACAAUUCACAGUUGAAAGUUGGCGAUUUUUUAAAUCCACAACCAAUAGUCGAUACAAUUCAGGAGCAUGAGAAGUAUGGCAAUACUGGUGAUAAAUUCUAUCCCGUUGGCCGUGCCAUUGUAAAUGGCUAUGAGGGAUUUUCCAAUGUUCUGAAUAAACUGUUAGACUCACCGAUCGAAGUGGCGAAAACUAUUUCCCGUGGAAUUACGGACUCGUUAAAUAAUGUCGGCGGGAAAAUUGUCGGAUUAAAUCGAUGAUGACGCUGAGGAUUGUAAUUUUUUUUGUAAAUUUUUUUCGAAUGAAUUUGGCGGUUUUGUGUGUGUGGAAAUGUGAAGCAAUAAAUUCUUUGGUCGAA